AUGUCCUACUACGGCAACUACUAUGGAGGUCUAGGUUAUGGCUAUGGUGGCCUGGGCUGUGGCUAUGGCGGCUAUGGCUAUGGCGGCUGUGGCUAUGGCGGCUUCAGGAAGCUUGGCUAUGGCCGUGGCUAUGGUGGCUAUGGUUAUGGCUGCUGCCGCCCGUUGUGCUACGGAAGAUACUGGUCCCAUGGCUUCUACUGA